GUGAGUUUUUGAAUGCUUAAACAUCAUUUUUCUUCGGAUAAAUCACACAUAAAUCUGAAAGAAAGAGAUCAACAGCAAUGUGGCCAUGUGGAAUAAAGUGGAAUAUCAGCGACAGCGGAAAAGUCCUACACAUGUGGGCUAUCGAAUUUUCCUACAAUCCACCGCUUGGUUUCUUUAUGGCAUCGCCUGUGGCUGCAAGUUCUUCAAAGCAAAGUGGAAUCCCGUUGAGAGACGCAUCGAGGAACGACAAUAUAAUCGGAUAGUGUACAAACUGAUAACUAUCCUUAAAAUAGUUCCCGUUGCGAGUCAAUAUCUGAUGUAUUUUGUGAUGUUUAUGGCCGUCUACAUACUCUAUUCGCUCGUGGAGAAGAGCAGUGCCCAGAAUUUUUUGAUGGGCCUCUUUGCACAGGGCAUCGAGUGUAAUGUCUUUCGGCGAUUGGUCAUCUUUUUGCAUCUGAAACGGGAUCGCAUAUUCGUGAGGCAGACGGUGAAUGAGAUCCUACAGAUCUCGGAGGAGAUUGAGCUAAAGUUUGGGCUCAUCUAUCACUGCGAUGUGAGCCUUUUGGGUCUGUAUUUCUUUAAGCUGUUCCUGCUCUACGUGUACGUGAGUUCGUACUGGCACAAGACGUACUUUCUGCUCAUCAAUCUGCUCUAUUGGAUGCUACUCGAGUACUGCUUCAUGGGUUGGUUCCUCUACCAGCAGCUGCUCCUCAAUUGGUAUCAAAAUAUCACCACAUUCCUGCAGCGUUUCAUCGAUGAUCAUAGGGAUAGGGAGAGAAUUAUGGGUCGCUAUCAUCGCCGUCUGUUCUGGCUCUUUGAGCUCCAUUUGCGUAUCAAUAAUCUGCAUAGGAGCAUCAACGAUAGCCUCUCGUGGCUGUCCACCUCCAUCUAUCUGAUGAUCUUUGUGUGCAGCUUCAGAUUGGAGCUGAUCAUCGAGUGCAUCAUGUUCGGGGAGGAUGAGCUGGAGAAUAAGCUCUACAUCAUUGCCGAUGGGUGUCUGGGUCCCGUACUCAUUCCCCUUCUGUAUGUCCUGCUAAUAGGACUCUGCACAGAUCGUUUGCGCGAUGCUGAGCUCAUGCUGCAGCAGCAGAUUGUCAUCAUUCAUGGGCUGUACAUCAGGAAAGCCCCCACCCGCACUCAAGCCAUAAAGGUCCUCUACAAUGAGCACACCUCAUUGAUCAUCCAUCAGAAGUUGGAACCACUGCAGAAUUUAAUUAUUUUGGGCACCACCUGUGAUCGGGAGUUUGCCUUUGAUUAUCUAUUCACAGCCAUACUCACAGCGUUGUCUCUUGUCCAAUAUUCCCUAUCGUGCGGGGAUUAUCCCAUUAAUGAGUGUGCAACGCAUAAGUAGCCAGAAAUUAACAAUAAAUAUUCAA